CCGGUAAUGCGCCAUUUUCUUCCGGGAAUUCACCGGGCCGGGUGGAAGUUCAUUCAUUCUUGUGAUUUACAAUCUCCGAAGCUUACGGAGCGGGCAAUGUCGGAUUUGUGUGGCAGAUGUUCCUCUAUAAACCCCACAUUUGGUGACGUAUCUGCUGGCUGAGAAUCAAAGCUUGGAAGACCAUGAUGGCAGGACACGCCGGCGUGUUUGAUUUGGAGUUAUGUGAGCAUGAUGAGAAGGCAAACGAGUGCCUGAGUGACAGCGAUGACAUGCAGGAUGAGGGUGCGGAGGGUGACAGCUACCUGGCUGAUGGAGCUUAUGAGUCGAUUGAAGUGGAGGAGGUAUCCCUCUCUGAGGAGACGGUGAAUCCAGGCACAGAGAAGGUUGGACCAACAGAUUUCCAGCUACUCAAAGUACUAGGCAAGGGAGGCUAUGGCAAGGUUUUCCAGGUUCGGAAGACGACGGGUAAAGAUUCAGGAAAAAUAUUUGCAAUGAAAGUUUUAAAGAAGGCAAAGAUCGUCAGGAAUCAGAAGGAUACGGCUCACACCAAGGCAGAGCGUAACAUCCUGGAGGCUGUUCAGCAUCCGUUCAUUGUUGAUCUUCACUAUGCCUUCCAGACGGGCGGGAAGCUGUACCUCAUUCUCGCCUAUCUCGGUGGUGGAGAGUUAUUUAUGCAUCUAGAAAGAGAAGGAAUAUUUAUGGAAGAUACAGCAUGUUUUUAUCUAUCAGAGAUAGUAUUAGCAUUAGAGCAUCUACACAAACUAGGCAUCAUCUACAGGGAUCUGAAACCAGAGAAUAUCAUGCUCAAUAAACAAGGGCAUGUAGUAUUAACCGACUUUGGUUUGUGUAAGGAGUCUUUGGAAGAGGGAUCUAUGACACAUACCUUCUGUGGUACGAUAGAAUACAUGGCUCCUGAGAUUGUUAGUCGGAGUGGACAUGGUAAAGACGUGGACUGGUGGAGUCUAGGGGCACUCAUGUAUGACAUGCUUACUGGUGGGCCUCCAUUCACAGCAGAAAACAGAAAGAAGACCAUUGAGAAAAUUCUAAAAGGCAAGCUCAGUCUACCUCCAUAUCUAACACAUGAAGCUAGAGACCUCGUGAGAAAGUUACUGAAGAGACACAUCUCAGCCAGACUAGGCAGCGGUCCAGAGGACGCUACUAGGAUUAGGAAACAUCCUUUCUUCAGACAUGUCAAGUGGGAUGAUGUACUAGCAAGGAAGGGGGAACCCCCUAUUACACCUGCUGUGGUGAAUGAGGAGGAUGUUAGCCAGUUUGACUCCAAGUUUACCAAGCAAACACCAGUAGAUAGUCCAGAUGAUUCUAUGCUCAGUGAAAGUGCCAAUCAGAUCUUCCUAGGUUUUACAUAUGUAGCGCCCUCUGUGUUGGAGAGCAUGCAUCAGAAAGUUCACCACUUUACCAAAGUGAGGUCGCCUCGUAAGAUCCCUGGAAGUAUUAGUCCUAGGUCUGCAAUUAGUCCUGCCAAGACGCCUCAGACUCAGUUUGCCUUUGAUGAAGACCUGUUGACCAAGCCGUCCUCCAGCCGCACCGCUCCAUCCUCCGCUCGUCCCAUCCAACCUAUAGAAGAAGCUAUGGAUACCAGCGAUGGUGCUUCCAAUGCUACCGCGGCAAAGACAUCCGGGUACAGAUGAGGAGAUGGGUAGAUGGUGAGAUGAGAUGGAUAAUCAUGAUUAGAUGGGUUGAUAAAUGAAACAAACUUGAAUUGUUGAUCGAGGAUUUGGUGUUGUGCCUCUCGGGCGGUGAGCGCCUCUGUGAUCUGACAAUGUUAUCAUCGCAGCAAGUCCGUUGCAGUCAUCUACCGUUAAUUGAUCAUCAUGUGAGGGACAUUGCAGCUGUGAGGCGAGCCCUGCAGAACGAUCUCAAUUCAAAGACAAUGAGUGAGACUAUGUGAAAACAGUACCAGAAGUCGACCUGGCUAAUCUAGGACGGUGAUGCUGAUGUUGAUGAUGACGACGGUGAUAUUGAUGAUGAGAAUACUUUCAUGUCAAUUUUACAUUUCACUUCAUAAAAGCAUUUAUAAGCAUUCUUUGGUUACCAAUUUUAUGGGUGUACUUAAAAACAGUUGUUAUACUCCGGUCGCAUCAAGGAGACUAACAGACCGAUCAAACAAUUUCAUUACCUCAAAUGGCAAAAAGGUGGAUAGUUAGGAGUUUGUGGAGUCGGUUUGGCAUCAAGUGUCAUUCAAGAUACAAGAAAGUUAUGAUAACUCUUUGGGGAUUACCUACAUGUAAGUAAGUUUUUAAAAGAGGUGAAAUUAUAGCAAGAAAGCAUAACAUGUUAACUGCUCUACAUUACAGAAUCUCUUGCACUUUUGAAAAGUACCUGUAUAUUUGACUGGGUGCACUAAUUUCAGUGAAAUUCUGUGCAAUUACUUACAAAAUUUUUAUAAGAUUCUGUUUAGUCUGACAGUCCAUACAGAGAAGAUUGCAAUGAAGCCACUAUUUGGUUCGGUCUGAGCAAGCUUGUUCUUGAAUGGAUGUGAGCUGUCUGUUGAGCAAUGACUGAGGCUCACUAUCGAUACAUCUCAGUGUGCAUUAUAAAGAUAUCGUUCAUUUUGAACCAUAAGGGUGUUAACUCAUAUACUCUAACACAGUGUUAACAUCCAUCUUGCUCCAAGCAGGUGAUAUGGCAGGUCUGACCAAGAUGUUGAUGAUCUUUGGUCUCUAGACUGCACUAAUUGCUCUUUCAGAGGUUUGAAUCAUGCCUUGAUAAAAAACAAUGGUCUUAGAGGUCACCGUAUCUGGUUCGCAGUCUACACUGAUGGUCUGUUCGAAGUGCAAAGUUGAGCUUUCAACGUUUGCCCCUUUUUGCACUGCAGAGCAAUAUAUAUGUGCACAAAUGGCAAUAUAGUCUGAUUGCGUAUGAUAUUAAUACUUAAAAGCAUCGUAGAGAUUCACUGUAGUCACUCAGUUUAUUGGCACAAUAACAUAUUAUUUUUCUUUUUUCAGAUAUCCACUCUUGUGUUUUGCAAAUUAUCUACCUGGCAAUUUAAUACUAUUGUAUACUGUGUGAAAUUUCAUUAAGGCAAUUGAAUUUGACUUCCCGUAUUUAAUCUAUAGAGCAACGCACUUUCUCAGUUUUCUUCUUAAAAUCUUUUUGCUCUCUGCGUUUGGUAUCAUUAGAAGAUUAUAGAAGCUGUGAAUGCAUGUGAUGCUAGGUUCCGAGGAUUGUUGAAAGGUUAUCGAGUUAUUUAGUCCUUUAUGUAAUGUGCAUUCAUUCUGGGGUAGAGAUAUGAUAUUGUAACAUUUUGCCUUUUUUUAGCUUUGGAUAUAUUUGUAGAGAGAAAUCAUAUAUACCUUGAUUGAUUUUAUGUUGUGAA